AUGUCGGACAAAAAUGAAACAAAUAAUUUACAUGAAAAUAAUGAUACAAUUGAAGAAAAACGGCGGAAAAAUAUGAUUGAUAAUCAAAAGUUUCUUGAUAGUCUUAAAUUGUUUAAUGUACGUGAUGAUUUAAAAUCGACAGUUAAUUCAGUUACAACAGAGAAGAAACCACCACGAAAGAAGCAUACUCGAAAGGACAAACUUGAUCCAUCAGAGAUACGUCGAAGUUCUCGAAUUCAAUCAAUGCCUCGUAAUCAUUAUAAUGAUCAAUCAUAUGAAAAUGAUGACGAUUUUAUCGUAUCAACUGAUGAAACAUCCAAUGGAGAAAAUGAAGAUGAAGAUGAAUUAAAAUCAGUUUUUACAACUAAAGUUGAUAAAGAUUGGAAACCAUCAUAUUCAGUAAAACAACCUGCUGUAAAACAUUUACGUCCUGUUCGUACGGCAGCUAAAACAGUUUCUGGUGGAGUAAAAAUAUAUCAACCAAAUGUUGGAUUACAAGCGUCAAUGGUUCAAUCUACAGAUCAUUCUCAAAACUUUUAUAGAGCUAAAAAAAUAAAUGUUGCUAUAUCCUCGUCAUCAGAAGACGAUUAA